AUGAUGGGAAUGCUAAUCCUGGUUAGCAUUUUCCUCAUCGCGCUCACAAUACUGCUAAGAGCCCUGCAGAAUAAAAGUGGAAAUGCCAAACGGAUCCGACGGGACAAUGACAAAGUUAAGGGCAAAAGUAACGAAGCCCCUAAACAAAAGAAGCAAACAGGUAGUGGUACUGCCAAAAGUGUUGCUACCACGCCAAGAAGUGUCUCCAGCAGCACUCCCCAUGUCAUGUUUGAUAAAAAUGUUGUUGCCCUCAAGGGAACCAUCUCCAUCAGCUGCAACAACGGCAACUUGCAGUUCCACAAGAUCGGUAAAGAUGGCUCCAACAAAAUAACCCUGAGCAAAAAGCUAGACGAGGUAUACAGCUGCAUAGCCAUAAACGAAGAGGCAACACAUCUAGCAGCGGUGAGCGAACUAUACUCAACGCUAAGAAUUUUUAAAAUAGGAAAAGUGGAACAAAGUAUCAAAAACAUUUCUCUAUCACUGGAAGGGAAAAAGGAAUUGCACAAGAAAGACGUGAAAUUUCUGUACAUUCAUAAAAGCUCUUUUAUAAUUACGGGAUCGGAGUUAGAUGAGACGGAGGUAAAAAUCUGGGACAUGAAGGGAGACCUUUUAAAAGUGGUGAGCAUCAAACAGGUUUAUAAUUACGACUAUGCUGUAUCGAAGAUGGCUAGAUUCUUCGGAGUCGCUUGCUGGUCCCCGGACAUCAAAAUAUUUGAGAUAAAGGAGAAGGAAAACAACUUUCACAGCAUCGACAAGGUCAUGGAUUUAAAAACCAGUUCGGGCACCAAAUGUGUGUGCUUCAGCCACGACGAGGAGAAAGCAUUCCUAAUUGAUAAAAAUGGAAUUCUCGCCGCGUACAAUUUGAACGUGCGCUAUAAGCUCCAAGAGGAGUCCAAAAUUUUGUACAAAAAGGAUCUGAAGGAAUACCAUUUGGAAGAUUUCUCCAGAAUGUGCCUAUCGGGUGACUCCAACGACAUCAUCGCAACUUCUGGGUGCGAUAUGUUAAUUCUGAAGCAGGAGGAUUUACAGCUUGUAAACAAAAUAAUGAAUGCCCAUCAGGGUGCGAUAUUUGGACUCCUCCCCAUGCCAGGCACAUCCCGUUUUGUUACAUGGGCGAAUGAUGGCACUGUUAAGCUAUGGGAUACCUCCAAAAAAUAA